AUGAUUGUUCUGGUCCAAUGCCUGUCAAUGGCAUGGAGCAUGCCGCGACCUGAGCCACAAGGCUACCAAGGCGGGGGAUAUAGCUACCUACCCCCUCAGCAGCAAUGCAGUGGGCCGAAAUGCUACUCCUACCAACCCGCGGAAAUCCAAACUCAGCGAGAGGAACAACGGCCGCAGGCCCAAUACGUUCAGGGUUAUUCCGUUCCAUCGACCCAAAUCACGUACUGGCCCGCUCAGCCGCAAUACCAGUAUGUACCACCGCCACCACCACCACCACCACCGACAACGUCAACUACCACGACGACGACGACGACUACUACUACACCUCCACCACCACCACCACCCCCACCAUCGGCUCAACCUCAAUAUUGGAGCAUCCCUCUAUACUCAACGCAAGAGUCAAGUUCCUCGAGUGAAGAAUCUCAAGAGCAAUCCCAAGAUGACGACUCACCGCCGUCUACUGGCUAUGGUCCACCUCCAUCCCAGCAGUACAGCCCACUACCAUCCCAGCAGUAUAGCCCACCUUCAUCCCAGCAGUAUAGCCCACUUCCAUCCCAGCAGUAUGGCCCACCUCCUCCGGCAUACGGUCCUCCCAGAAGGACUCAACCGGCAGUGACUUAUCUGUACGUACCUCAACAAAGCUCUCAGGAAGAAACGGGAGUCGAAGACGGAACGGUAUUGUCAGGGGCAGCGACUCCACAAGACUACUCGCCACUUCCACCGCUUCCAUCUCAACCCCAGCCGCAACGAACACCAAUCCCUGUCCCCCAAAUUCAACCCCAACCUCAGCCCAAACCUCAGGUGAUACCCUUUCCCGCUCCACAACCUCAACCCAGACCUCAGCCGAUACCCAUUCCCGCUCCCCAACCUCAACCCAGACCUCAGCCGAUACCCAUUCCCGCUCCCCAACCUCAACCCAGACCUCAGCCGAUACCCAUUCCCGCUCCCCAGCCUCUACCCCAACCUCAGCCACUACCUCAAGUUUUCCGGCCUCAACCCCAACCACAGCCUCUCCCAGUCCCAGUUCCACCACCUAAAUUUGAUCUUCCGCCUCAGGGCUAUGGCACUGGAUCAGGCUCGAAUUCAGGUGAACAGUCUUUGGGUUCAGGUGAAGAGUCCCUGAGUUCAGCUGAAGAGUCCUCGAGUUCAGAUGAUGAAUCCUCUUCUGAUCCGAUGGAGGAAUGGCCUCCAUACGAAUACAACUUCCAGGUGGCAGACGGGAUCCAGGGACAGAGUCAGAGCCGAUCUGAAUCUGGGGACAAGGACAACAACGUGAAGGGGAGCUACAGUUACGACGACGGAAACGUGAGGGUGACGGUGGAAUACACGGCAGGUCCCGACGGAUAUCAGGUCCUCAAUCGUAGCAUCGAACCAUCGCAGGGCACACAACGAUCUGGAACCGCUUCAUCCAAGGUCUUCAAGAAACUUGGGGAUACCAUGAGCACCUACGACGUUGACCACAUUUACGCACCUCCUUCGACGAGUCUUUAG